AUGAUGGAUCUCUGUGAAAACACAACAGUGAGUGACUUCUACAUCUUAGGUUUCUCUUCUUUGAAAACUGAACAUUUACUGCUAUUUUUUGUAAUUAUGAUGUUGGUGUACUUAUUGACUAUUUUUGGGAACCUGGUGAUUACAACGCUCAUUUGUUUGGUGCCAAAGCUGCAUACCCCAAUGUAUUUCUUUGUAAGUAACCUUUCUGUUGUGGAUAUUAUGUACAUCUCAUCCACUCUUCCAAAACUACUGUCGAUCACUAUAACACAAAAUAACAGAAUCUCCUUCACAGAAUGUAUAGCUCAGCUGUUUUUCUUUACAUUUAGUGCUGUAUGUGAUAUGUUAGUGCUAAUGUCAAUGGCUUUUGAUCGCUAUGUGGCAAUCUGUAAGCCCUUGCAGUACAUACUGAUCAUGAACAGAAGAGUGUGCAUAAAAAUGGCGGCUUUUUGCUGGACCGUGUCUGCUAUGAACUCAUUAUUGUUGACCAUGCUGACCGCUGUGCUACAUUUUUGCAAUUCCCAUGAAAUCAGUCAUUUAUUUUGUGAUUUCAAGACAAUGACCGGACUCUCUUCAAGCGACACGACAAGCAGGGAAAUCCUUAUGUUGAUCGAAGACAUUGUUUUUGCCUUUGUUCCAUUUUUUCUCACUAUACUAUCUUAUGUGAAAAUCAUCUCCACCAUUUUGAAGAUCAGUUCUCCUGAAUCACGGCUUAAGGCCUUCUCCAGUUGCACUUCUCAUCUUACUACUGUUAUACUGUUCUAUGGACCAAUAAUAAUUGUUUAUUCCAAACCUGAAUCUGAACAUUCUAAAGCACAAGAUAACUUGAUUUAUUUACUGUAUGUAGUUGUGGUUCCAAUGUUAAAUCCAUUUGUCUAUAGUCUGAGGAACAAAGAUGUGUUGGACGCUGUUAGAAAAUUAAUUUCAAGAAAAAUCUUCACAAAAAUUUAA